GUAUAACCUCCAAGUCUAUACUCUCCAAUAUUUCGACUACAUAUAUGAUAAUAUAUAGUAUCUAUUGCAUGUAUGUCCAGUCUACAUACUCUUUUUUUGGUUCGACUAUAUUUAUUUUAUUUUUAAAUUAAUUUAUUUGGUAUUCAAAACGGGGGCCGAGCAAUCACUCAUGUCAGUCUCGCAAAUGGAAAAAAAUUUAUUUAAUUUAAAAUUUGCGGUAAAAGAAUUAGAACGUAAUUCGAAGAAAUGCGAAAAAGAAGAGAAAAUAGAAAAAACAAAAAUUAAAAAAGCGAUACAAAAAGGAAAUAUGGAAGGAGCGCGAAUACAUGCUGAGAAUGCUAUAAGACAAAAGAAUCAAGCUCUGAAUUAUUUAAGGAUGAGUGCUAGAGUAGAUGCUGUUGCUAGUCGAGUUCAAACAGCUUUAACAACCAGAAAAGUGACUCAAUCGAUGGCAGGUGUAGUAAAAGCUAUGGAUGCAGCCAUGAAAUCUAUGAAUUUAGAAAAAAUUUCGGGUUUAAUGGAUAAAUUUGAAAGUCAGUUCGAGGACUUAGAUGUUCAAAGUUCAUACAUGGAAAAUGCAAUGUCGCAAACCACGACGACUAACGUACCUCAAAACGAUGUUGAUUCACUACUUCAACAAGUCGCUGAUGAAGCUGGAUUAGAAUUAAACAUGGAAUUGCCAUCAGGACAAUUAGGCAGCAUUGGGAUCGGUUCAUCAACAACUGCAAGUCAAGAACAAGAUGAAUUAACACAGCGUUUAGCACGGUUACGAGAAUAAAAUAUUAAAGUUAUAUUAAUAACAAUUAAAGAACUGCAAAAACAUCUACAAUAUGACUAAUGUUACUGCUUUUUUAAAAUCUAGAAUAGAAGUUUGUUUACUAAUGUAAUAAUAAUUAUCAUAUAUAUAUAUAUAUACAUGUCGGAUGGUAUUAUAUUUUUAUAUAUUAUAUAAAAUAAUAAAAAUAAUACCAUUCAUUAACAUACUUUAUAAUAGCGGAAUUAUGUUGUAUAAAUUUUUGAAUUUCAAAUGCUAUCAUAGGAAUAAUCUAUUGAUCAUUGUUACGAGUGCACAUAUGGCUAAAUUAUAUAAAAACAUUCUAUUCUUA